AUGUGGAUUUCCAUGGAAGUCACUUGUGGAACUGGAAAUGCCAGUGUGUCUCCUUCAACCCCAAGGGUUGUAAAUGUUGGAGCUUUGUUCACAUUGAACUCAGUUAUUGGACAAUCGGCGAAGCCAGCGCUUGUGGCUGCAAUUGAUGAUGUCAAUUCUGAUCCAAGCAUUCUAUCAGGAACAAAAUUAAACCUUAUUUUGCAUGACACCAAUUGCAGUGGAUUUCUUGGAACUGUGGAAGCUUUACAGCUGAUGGAGAAAGAUGUGGUUGCUGCAAUCGGUCCACAGUCCUCUGGAAUAGCACACGUUAUCUCCCAUGUAGUGAAUGAACUUCACGUACCACUCCUGUCAUUUGGGGCAACAGACCCAUCCCUUUCGGCUCUGCAGUACCCCUAUUUCCUCCGUACUACACAGAGUGACUACUUCCAGAUGUAUGCAGUAGCUGAUCUGGUCCAAUUUUAUGGAUGGAAGGAGGUAGUUGCCAUCUUUGUCGAUGAUGAUUAUGGUAGAAAUGGUAUUUCUGUUUUGGGCGAUGCACUUGCUAAGAAGCGUGCCAAAAUCUCUUACAAGGCUGCUUUUACUCCCGGAGCAUCAAGAAAUGACAUCAAUGACUUGUUGCUUGGAGUAAACCUGAUGGAAUCUCGCGUUUAUGUUGUACAUGUAAAUCCUGAUUCUGGUCUUUCAAUUUUCGCAGAAGCCAAAAAGCUGGGGAUGUUGUCCAGUGGCUAUGUUUGGAUUGCUACAGAUUGGUUUCCUUCUCUUUUAGAUUCCUUGGAAUCAAUUGAUGCAGAAACAAGGGAUCUCUUACAAGGGGUUCUUGCUCUUCGACAUCAUACUGCAGAUUCUGAUCUCAAAAAACGUUUUACCACUAGAUGGGAAACCUUAAAAGAUAAGAAAUCCUCGAGUUUCAAUUCUUAUGCAUUCUAUGCUUAUGAUUCCGUAUGGUUACUGGCCCAUGCUCUCAAUGUUUUCUUCAGAGAAGGUGGAAAUGUCUCUUUCUCCUAUGACCCCAAGUUGAAAGACACUAAUGGAAGCGCACUGCAGCUAACAGCACUCCGGAAUUUUGAUCAAGGCCAGAAAUUACUCCAGAUACUAAUUACAAUGAACUUCACAGGCCUUUCUGGUCAGAUUCAAUUUGAUUUGGAGAAGAAUUUAAUCCAUCCAGCCUUUGAUGUUCUAAACUUCGGUGGGAAUGGAUUACGCAGUAUAGGUUAUUGGUCAAAUUACUCUCUUCUAUCUGUUGUUGCUCCGGAAAUUCUAUUCGCGAAACCCCCAAACACUUCUACCAGCAAUCAGCAUCUUUACAGUGUAAUAUGGCCUGGUGAAACUACAGCAAAGCCUAGAGGAUGGGUGUUUCCCAACAAUGGGAAGCCUUUGCGAAUUGCAGUGCCUUACCGGAUUAGUUAUCAAGAAUUUGUAUCUAAAGACAAGGGUCCCAAGGGGGUGAGAGGAUACUGCAUUGAUGUCUUUGAAGCUGCAAUAAGCUUGUUGCCUUACCCCGUGCCUCGUACAUACAUACCAUAUGGAGAUGGUCUGAGAAACCCUAGCUAUAAUAAUAUUGUGAACGAUGUUUCACAAAAUAAAUAUGAUGCAGCUGUUGGAGAUAUUAUUAUUGUUACAAAUAGGACAAGGAUUGUGGACUUCACACAACCUUUUAUGCAAUCUGGACUUGUCAUAGUUGCUCCUGUCAAUGAGAUAAAAUCGAGUCCUUGGUCUUUCCUCAAGCCAUUCUCUGUGCAGAUGUGGUUUGUCACUUGGGCAUUCUUUUUUUUCGUGGGCACUGUUGUCUGGAUUCUGGAGCAUCGGAUAAAUCAUGAGUUCCGUGGUACUCCAAGGCAGCAACUAGUUACAGUCUUCUGGUUUAGUUGCUCAACGAUGUUUUUUUCACACAGAGAAAACACCGUGAGCACUCUGGGACGAUUUGUGCUGAUCUUAUGGCUCUUUGUUGUUCUAAUUAUCAAUUCAAGCUAUACAGCUAGUUUGACAUCAAUCCUCACGGUGCAGCAGUUGAGUUCGCAUAUUCAAGGGAUUGACAGCUUAAUCUCAAGCCCCGAUCCAAUUGGAGUUCUGGAUGGAUCAUAUGCUUAUAACUAUCUGAUUGAAGAGCUCAACAUUGCAGAGUCAAGGCUUCGGAUAUUGAAAGACCAGGACGAAUGUUUUAACGCCCUUAAGCAAGGUCCAAAAGGUGAUGGAGUGGCUGCCAUUGUUGAUGAGCUUCCUUAUAUUGAGCUCUUCUUGUCUAAUACCAAUUGUGUAUUCAAGAUUGUGGGACAGGAGUUCACCAAGAGCGGCUGGGGAUUUGCUUUUCAGAGGGACUCUCCUCUGGCAGUCGACUUGUCAACUGCUCUCCUCCAACUCUCAGAGAAUAGUGAUCUCCAAAAAAUCCAUGAUAAAUGGCUCUCUCACAGGGUGUGCUCUGCGCAGGUCAACGAAGUGGAUGACAACCAACUCUCUCUCAAGAGCUUCUGGGGUCUAUUCCUUAUCUGCGGAACUGUUUGCUUCUUUUCCCUUACCAUUUUCUUCUGUAGGGUGGCCUGGCAGUACCAAAGAUACAGCCUGGAGAGCGAGGAACCGGAGAUUGAGGAUCCUGAACUGGCAAGGCCGAGUGGACCUAACACCCGCACGAGUAGCUUCAAGAAAUUGAUUGAGUUUGUUGACAAGAAAGAAACUGAGGUGAAGGAGAUGUUUAAGCGCAAGAGUAGCGAUACGAAAACACAAGCUAGUCAUAGCUCAGAGGUGCAGCCUGAUUCACCAACCUGAGGAAAACUUGCUCUUGAGCUAGCUUUUGUUUUCUUUUUUUCUUUUUUCCCAAUGCUACUUCCAUUGAAAUUUAUAUGACCCACCAACCUCAUGUGCUAGGAGAUCAUUAGUGUCUGUGUUCUAAAACAGAAUGUUUGUAUUAUGAGGAUGUUAGAAGUUAUUCUACAAUCUCUGUUGAAGUACUAAAUGUUCACAGAAAUGGGGAAGGAUAUAGAGUGCUGAUGAGCUUUCUCUUUCACGCACAAAUCGGGAAAUGGUUCUUUCAAACAUUUCCAUAUGCCCUAUGCUAAAUAUUUUGUCUUUUGGAAGAAAAUGAUUUGUAACG